GCGCGGCCGGGCUCAGCGUAUCGCACGACUCGGUGUUCACUGCCGAGCACCACAGCUCGUGCGAGGACAUGCGCAGCGCCUCCUCCCUCUCCAUACAGCAGCUCGUCAAGGAUGAGCUGCUGGACGCGGUGCGGCGGCGGCGCAGCGGGCAGCAGAGGGACCAGCAGGACACGAGCGAGGACACGGACGAGGACCUGGGGCUGCCGCGCUCUCCCACCAACUCGCCGCCCACCACCGCGGACGUGCUGCUCGACAAGACGCUCAAGGAAAACCCAACCAAAUCUCAUAGCACAUGCAGUGAUGGGUCGUUACUCAGCAUGGGUAGCUCCGAAAUGGACGAGGACUCCGUGGGACAAAACUCUGGUCAUUCCUCAAAGAUUUCUCUUCAAGACAAGAAAAUUUACCAGGAAAAUGCAUCAGAUGCUGAACUGGACAUUGGAGUGUUAGCUGUACCACUCAGCCACAGUGCAGCAAGGCAUAAGAUGGCUGUGCGGCCUAAAAGAACACACGGAGCACCCAGACGACACAGAAUGCAGCAGAUUUCUGCUGGGAGCUCCCUGCCUACAACCCCAGAAGUAAAUGAAGAAGCAUCUUGUAGGAGUACAAGUCCAGAGGUGAAACAAAGGAAAGAAAACGCAUCUGAAUUUAGCAAGAAUGAUGACACUGAAAUUCCUGCUUGGCCUUCCACUGCAACUGAACACAUGCUGCCACCUCUUGUGAAUCUGCCUAUUGAAAUUCAACAAAAAUCUGCAUCUCUCCCUCCUGGAUUAGCUCUCACUCCCGGAGAACAUGUGAACAAACUGCCUCGAAGCCGGUCAAAUGCUGCAUACAGACAGACUGAAGCAUCUUCAAGCAGCCGCUACAAACGAGCAGCAUCUGCUUCAGAACUUGAAAUGAAUAUGUCAAGUAUAAUUGCCCUAGAAGCUCUCACAAAAUCAAGGGAAAUGUUUGGCAUUGUUGGGGAAGAGGAUGAAGAUGAGAAAGCAGACAUUGCAGAAGAUAAGGAUGAAAAUAAAGAAAAAGAUGAAAAGAAAGAGGAAACAACCUUUUUCGGACGGCUCUUGUCGAGACGUAGUGGGAAAAAGAAAAAGGAAAAAUCAGAUGAUGUAGACAGCAAUCUUGGUGAUAACUUAAACAAACAGAUUUCAGCUCCACCACUCGUACCAAAGCGAAUAAAUGAAGGUGGGCAAUAUGCCAAUGACUUUUUCACUGAUUUUACUUCUGCGUCAUCUAGGCAUCAUAAUACCAAAUUACAGCCACGAAGUUCUGCUGCCUCACGUCAGAGAGUAGAGCCAAUUAAUUUACCGCCAAGUCCUGAAAUAGAAAAAAGAGGAAAAGUUCUUGAAGUCCCUGAAGUUACUUCCAUUCCUCCAAAUGAUUAUGGCUCAGAUAUUUUAGUGACUGACAAAAAUGAUAAUGUAAGUGUAGCAGAAAAAGUAGUUCCAGAUGUGAUGCAUGGAAAUCUCUCUGUUUCUCCUCCAAAACAUGUGUGGACAUCACAUAGUGCAGGAGGUAGCAAAGAACUUAAUUCCACUUCAUUGCAGCAUAUAAAUGCAGAUAAAAGAUCUGAAAGUCAAGAUUCUCUCUCCAAUGAAAAUGAAUACAAAUCUUCCUUCAGAAUUGGUGAAGCACUACCUCGUGAGCAACCACUUCCUAGUGCGUAUGAUGAAACUGAUGAAAGAGAAUGCAGUUCCUUGGUGAACACAGUUGAGAAACCAAGCUCUCCAAAAUUUCCAGUCAAAAAGUCUCAGAGCUUUAGAACUGAUAUAGAUUUUUCACAGAAAACUCACAAAAAACCAGCAUCAAAUACAAGCAAUACAUUAAGUAACAUUGUUAAAGAAAGCCAAGAUCUGAGCUUUCAGGAAGAUGUAAGAGAAGUAGAAGAGACAACAAUAUCUUACAAAAGCACAAUUUCAGCAACAAUAUCUGCUGAUGAAACAAACAUUAUGACAAUCAGUAGUGAAAGACCACUGAGUACAAAACCAAUGGAAAAAGAAUUAUUGUUUUACGAUGAAACCGCUACCAAUGAGAAGACAAACCUGUUUGCAAACAAUGUUUAUGUAUCAACAACAAGCGUUCUAAAAGAAAAGACAAUUGAAAAUAUAUUCACAAGUGUUUCAUCUCCUGAAGUUCCUCUAGCUAAGGAAAAUGUAGGAUCUCUUGAAAAGGCUGCCUCUUCAGAAAGUAUCAGUACUGAUACUUCAUCUGUGCUGGACUCUAAACCAGCAAAAACAUCCUCAGGUAGUGAAAAUGAUACCAACUACACUCAACAUGUAGUGUUGCCACCUGGCACGGAUGGUAUCACUAUCACACAAACAUUCACAAAACAUGAAGAAACUAAAACAAACUUAAAAGGGAAUGGUUCACAUUUCAUGCAGCAGCAUAACAUGGAUAUCUAUAAAGGCGAAAAUACAAUGGAGGAAGUUGUAAAAGCUGACCUUUCAGUAGACACUCAGCCUUCUAUAGCAGCAAUAAAUGAUGCAACUCAACAGCCAAACGAGCUGGUGAUAACUGCACAAGAAUCAACAAAAACUGAGUCAAAUUUACCUGAAAUGCUAAGUGGACAAGAAAGUACCGCAAAGAGUUUUGAUAAUGCCAGGAAAAGUGCUGAUUUACCAAAAACAUCCCCUGGAUUAUCUCAGCAGGAAAAAGAUUUACUUGCACACAAUUUUACUCCCCGACCACAACCAACAAAACGUGAACCUCGGCUUGCUACAGCAUCAGAACACGUUCCUGAAUUUCUCAGAAUCCAGCUGAAUCGUGUUGAUAGUCAGCCUGCAGUGAAUGUAAUUUUUGAUACUGAUAAACCUGAUCCACAAAGAAGUCGUUUGAAAAGUAUUGAUGAGAAGUUAGGUAUAAAGACUGAACAGACAGAUGAAGCUGAUGAACAAGCAAAAAGGACAUCACUCAUUUCUGAGACAUCCCAGGAAACACAUGGAACAACAUCUUCCAUUAAGCAGAAGCUCUUUAGAGAAGAACAGUUCAAAGCAGUUAAGGAUGGUGCUGAUGGUAGAAAUGUAACUGGAAAACCUGUUGGCCACACAUCGGAUGGCAUACAGAAGAUAUGUGAACCUGCUUCUACAUUUGAAGAAAUAGCAAAGCCAGAAGCAGGAAUAAACAAUCCUGUGAAAACAAAGAGAAGUAUAUCAUUAACAGCAACUCCAAGUCAACAGAAUAGAAAUUACUCAGUUGUUUCAAUAUCAUCUGAAACGCAAACAGCACGCCACCCAUCAAAGUUUGCUUUUAAGAAACAAUCGUCUAGUUUUGAUUCUCCAGAUUCUCACAUCCCUUUGAAUGAUAAUAUCCUAAAUGAAUCUGAAGAUAUGAAGACCAUAAAUAAGUAUGAAGGGUCCCUAAGUACAAAAGAUUUUGGUACACAAGAUGUAGUAAUUCGUAAAAAAUCUGUGCAAAGGGACGCCAUCCUCAGAAAGGAGGAAGACUGUUUUCCUCCUGUUGAAAGGUUUUCAUCAGGACGUGAGUCAGUCUGUUCUGAGGCAAGUUCUACAGAUAACAGCCACAGGAGCUCAAAAUCAAAAGAAACUUUUGGAUCAGAGUCAGGCAGUGUAUUUGAGAAUAGUAUGAACGAAGUAGUUCUACGUAAAAAGUCAGUGACAAAAGAGAUAGGCCUUAAAAAUGAGGAAGAACCUGAGUUACUCAAAGUAUUUGCUAGAAGAUCUCUUAAACUGAAAGAUAGUGAUAUUGAAGUUCUUAGUCAACAAAGUCUCUCAUCAAAGAACCGGGAAAACCAAGCCGUCUCUGACACUCAGGCAACAAAAUCAAGAGAUAGUGACAAAGAAAAUGAAUGUGGAGAUUCACCUAAAGAAGAGAGGAAAAAGUUGCCUGUUAAGGAACCACUUGUUGAGUCAAAACACCACACAGACAUAGUCCCUGAACCACCUAUUAAAGUAGCUGCCCCCGUGAAUAAUACCCGACACAGCAGCCCAGCAAAUUUUAAGUAUCAAAGAAGUAUAAGUGGAAGCAGCACUGCAAGCAAUGAGAACACAAACAUAAACGAGAACAUUUUAUCACCCUAUAAAAAGGAUAACAUGAGCCCCGAAAAACGCAUUAGAAAUAGAACUGUUCCUGAAUCACAGCGCACAGAUAGUUGCUUCAUUUCUUCAGAAAGAACUCCACACAGAGCUUGGGCAAACAUAUACAAAGAGAAAGAAAUGCACAUUGUAAGCACUGAGAGCAAAACAGCAGCAGAGAGACUGAAUACCCAGACUGAAAAUGAGACUAAUGCUUCAGAGGUUGAAGAAAGCAGCAUUCCAAGAUUCAAGCGCAUACAGCAGAGGCGAGAGGAAUGGGAGCAACGAGCACAGCUGGCCUCAAAGAGGAAUCUGCCUUAGGUGCUAAAACUGAAUGUAACCCAAGAAGAAACAAAAGAAAUGUUCUCCUCCAUUGCUGGAGAUGGUAGCAAAUUACAUGAAUAUUUUGUUACUCACUUCA